AUGGUAUCAUUCUUUGGCUGGGGCUCAAGCCCAAAAUCCUCAGAGAGCCAACAAAAGCCCGAAGAAAAGCCAACCCCCGAACAACCCCAGAGCCCAGAAGAAAAUCCCACAACGCUCCCAAUGCAAUUACCCCGACCCCCAGCGUCAGAAAACACAAACCUGAAACUCCUCUUCGGAGGAAUGACCUUCUUCGCGCUCUCAGUGCUCGUAACAAGACGGGCCUUCAACAAAAAACGCAUCGCGUGCAUCCCACCAUUCUACACAAGCUCGAUCUACCACCAGCCCCACUCAAACUCCGCAAUGGAUGCCUUCGAGGCUUUGAAUCUGGCUACGCUAAACGUGCUGUCUUUUGGUAUGAUGGCUGGUGGUGCUGCUGGGUAUGCGUUGAAUAUCAAUGGGCUGGAUGAUAUGCGGAGGUUUGUUCGGGCUGGUUUGCAAGGUGGGAGUGAUACGCCUGUUAAGAGUGAUGAGGAGUUGGAGGCUGAGGUUACGGAGUGGGUUAGCAAGGUUCUCGGUGAUCGGUUCGAGAAGCAGCUUGAGAAGGAGAAGGCAAAGAGAUUAGUGCAGUUUGAGCAGGGGAAUAAAGAGAACUGA